AUGUCUCUGAUUCCAUACCAUCCGCGCGAAGGCCGCGAAAUCGUCCUCCGGCACCGAAAUGCAAUAGUUGUUCGCGAUCCUGCUUCUCAGCGCCUUGAGAUUCGAGCCUUGUCCGAGUGCCCGACAUGCCGACAGCCCUUGCGAUCAUCCUCUCCAGAUAGGCAGUUCGACAACGCUCAACACCAUGAUUCAUUUGUCGACCCAAAUUACUUCCGCAUGCUGCGAGCCGGCCCUCACAACGCCCGAACAGAUCAUCCCCCCUCUAGUCCGAUUCGUAGAUUCGUACAACCUAGCCUUCCAAACCCGCAGCCGGCCGUCAUAGAGGAUACAGAGGAUGCCGAGUUCAUUUCAAGCACGCCAGCUGUCCAGGAAGGCAGCCGUAUUCGCCGUGAGGCUUUCAGCCCAAACUAUUUCAAGACCUUUUUUGUCGAAGAGAAGGAGCUUGGCCGUGGCGGCAAAGGCGUUGUGCUACUUGUCCGUCAUGAAAUUGAUGGUUGUCAUCUUGGCCACUUCGCCUGUAAGCGUGUGCCAGUUGGCGAUGACCAUGCGUGGCUUGAAAAAGUGCUCGUCGAGGUCGAGCUGCUCGCCAAACUUUCUCACCCAAAUCUGGUCUCCUAUCGCCAUGUCUGGCUGGAGGACGUUACUUUGACACGAUUCGGUCCCAGCGUGGCAUGCGCUUUCAUCCUGCAACAGUAUUGUAAUGGGGGUGAUCUGCUUCAGUACAUCAUAGGAGAACAACCUAAAGAGACAACCAAGGAGCAACUGAAGGCACAGAUGCGCAGGAAGUCCAAAGGCCAGCUCGAGCUUCCUCGCGACCAAUUCGCCUCUCAAAGGCUUCUCUCUUUUGAAGAGAUCUUCUCGCUUUUCAGAGAUAUUACAUCCGGACUCGCCUACCUCCACGCCGCCAAUUACAUCCAUCGCGACCUUAAGCCGAGCAAUUGUCUAUUACACCGAGAGGGUAGUGGAUUGGUCUGCCUGAUCAGUGACUUUGGCGAAGUUCAAUCAGAAAAUAUGGCUCGCAAAUCCACCGGGUCCACUGGCACCAUUUCCUACUGUGCCCCAGAGGUCUUGAGAAAAGACUCAACGGGACGCUACGGAAACUUUACAACAAAAUCUGACAUUUUUUCUCUCGGCAUGAUUCUCUAUUUCAUGUGUUUUGGUCGUUUACCCUACCGGAGUGCCAAUGCUAUCAACGAGGAACUGGAAGAUAUAGAUGAGCUUCGCUCAGAGAUUACCCAGUGGCAGGGCUUUCAAGAUGAACGCAGGGAACGCCCAGACCUGCCUUCGAAACUGUACCAACUUCUCAAGAGGCUAGUCGCUCUAGACCCUUCUCAGCGUCCUAGCGCGAAUGAGGUCCUAGCAGCUAUGAAAACCGAGUCCACUAUGGAUGGCGCUCCCCGAGGUAGGAGCUCGAGUCCAUCAAUAGGUCUUCACGGCCGUCGUAUCCAAAAUCUCGACUCUCCGAUGCCUCCAAGCACUCCUGUACCAGACCCUCAGAAACAGUCCAGAUUCUCAUCUUCUGAAGAAGGCUACAAUAUCCCUAGCAGGACUGCUGAAGAUGGAUCUCCUCGUCCGAGCUUGCAGACGAGUAUGCAGAGACAUUCGGAUCCCAACUCACCACGACAUCGACCACACGCAAUGGUGGCAUCGCGCAGCCCCCAUAGUUUUACCCGACUAUCUCCAGAGAUAGCAAUGUCGGAAGGGAGCGCCGAGUCCGUUAAGGAUGAGCCUCUAGGCUCGCCGCCACUUUUGAUGCCACCACCUGGCACCCCAUUAGAUUCCUUUCGACAUAAGCUCAUGGUUAGUUGCCUACGAGCAGGUCAAAUUUUCCACUAUAAUGCCACUCCUUUACUGGUGGUUGUCCGCCUAGGACUUUUCCUGAGUAAGCUUUAUAGCUUGACCCGCCCAUGUUGGCCGUACAUGGUCAGCCCAGAAAUCGGAGCCCUCUUAGUUGUUCUCGCUGCGGUUGAUCUCGGUCUUGCAAACUCUGAUACAUCUCCAAACCCGAGAUAUCCACGAGAACUAGGAAGACAUAGACCAGCGAGCCUGCCUUGGGCAUGGGGAUUACGAGGCAGCAUAUUUCUUGCAGUCUUGCAUUUAGCCAUACUCUGGUCAGCGGAUCAUUGGAGUACUCUAUGCACUACUGGACGGCAUUCCUGGGAUGUCUGA